CUCUCAUUUAUUUAGAAUUACAGUAUAAUUUAUCUACUAUGUUCAGUUCUGAAAAUAGGAUUUGUGUAUGUUUGCAGGGAGUUGGUGUCAAUGCUUGUGUGGAAGCUGAGAUUCCCAAGUUUAUCACUGACGUUGUUGGGAAGACUCACUUUCCAGAUUAAGCUAGGAGAGUUCAACUUCACUUCUAAGCAUCAAACCUUCACGAUCUCCCGUAUAUUUACAGUGGCUCAGCGUGCAUCACUCCCAGACUUUGUGGGCGAUGGUGGUCAACAUGAUCAGAAUCCAAUAUCAAGUUUGGUGCCGGUUGGUAAUAGUAACACUGUUUUUGAGACCUCUGGUGACAUGGCAGCUGAACUUGGUGCAACUACAGAAAAGAACCAUCAAACUUCGUCAUCUGCUACGCCAGAAGAAGGGCCUUCUGCAACAAGCACACCAGCUGUUGAAGCAGAAGAGAAUAAGAAUAAGAAGCCACGAUUGGCAUAGAGUCACCUGAGAGUCGCACCCCACCACCGCAUUUACUUUCGUUUUUAAAAUCUUUGUUUUCAUUUGCUUUAUAUCUUAAGUUUUAGCAACUUCGUAUUUUAGACUCCUAUGGUGGUGCAUGUUUUACUUAUGAAUCCAAGUUUUUCUCUUAUUAACAAAAUCUUGGUUCAAAUUAAUUGACAAUGAAAAUCUAAAACAAUAAAAUCCAAUGUAACUAAAUGUUUGGGAAAAAAAUACUAAGACAAUAAACUCCAAUGUAUAACUAAAUGUUUGGGAAAAAAAUAAAAUGAGUAUAAUAUUUAAUCAUAAACUAUUUUUGCAGCAGGUUACUAACAAGAUCAUAUUGACAUUAUAUUUUCUACACCUUGCUGUUACAUUGUAAUCUAUUACAAUAAAUAAACAUAACUUUCCAUACACAUAGAUGAACCAUAACUUCUUUACUCUUAUUACAGUGUAGCUCAUAGAUCCAAUAUACUACGAAAGUUAAAGUUGACCGGGUCAUUGUUACAUGUAAGAUACCAAAAAAAAUUAAGAACCAUAACUAUUCAUACAUAUAUAUGAGCCAUAACAUCCUCACUCUUAUGAUAUAAAAAAUAACGAAAUUUCAAUAAAUGACUAAUAUAAUCAAAAUUAAAAU